CCGAGGGAAUCACUUUUGGUCCCAACACCACCGUGUCUCGUCUCUGCAGUGGCUAUUCUCGGUGAUAUGAGAGCUAAUAUAGACGAAUCCGUGUGCCAUAGGCGUCAGAUGUUCUUGCCAAAGCUGGAUCUCUAUGCAUUACUGUGAUCGGAGAAAAUAAAACGCAAGACACCGUGGCGCUGCGUGGAAUUACAGCGGACACGAUGGGCACAUUGAAGCAGAUCCUGCUGCUUUUCGCAGGUUUUGUUGCCGCAGCUCACGGUCAAACUUGUGGUGGUUUGGUACAAGGUCUCAAUGGAACUAUAGAGAGUCCUGGCUUUCCUCAUGGCUACCCAAACUAUGCCAACUGUACGUGGAUCAUAGUCACUGGAGAGCGGAACAGGAUACAGUUGUCAUUUCACAUCUUCGCUCUGGAGGAGGACUUUGACAUUGUCUCCAUCUAUGAUGGACAACCACAGCCGGGCAACCUGAAGAUGAGGUUGUCUGGCUUCAUGUUGCCAUCACCCAUCGUGAGUUCUGGGUCGAUUUUGGCGCUGUGGUUUACUACGGAUUUUGCAGUGAGUGCCCAAGGAUUUAAAGCAAUCUAUGAAGGUGAAUUUGCGUAG